AUGGCUGCGGUAGAUACAGGAAGCAGUCUCCGUAGUUCAGCAGUAAGAAGCGUAUACUUAGUAACUUAUAGUCGAGCUGAUUUGAGCAAAUUUCCGAACCGAAGAGAUUUUGCUGAAGCACUUGUUACUUCGUUUGAGAAAGGUUCUGCUAAAGUGAAGCACUGGUGUUGUAGCAGAGAAAACCACGCGGAUGGCGCUAAACAUUAUCACAUGGUGUUGAAAUUGCAUAAGUCACAAAGAUGGCUGCAAUCCAAGAGGUUUCUCGAGGAAAAUUUUGCCAUAGAGGUAAAUUAUUCGAGUAAUCAUCAUAACUACUACAGUGCUUGGCGAUACGUCACAAAGGAGGACAGUAGCUAUGAAGAAAGUGAAUCACACCCAGAUCUUAAUAGCUAUAAAGAACCGAAGACCACCAACGCGAGCAUGGCCAAAAUACAAACUGGUCAAAAACGCAGUGCCGCAGUGCAGGGGAGAGGAAAUGUAUGUAGAGGAAAGAAGCGAUCUAAAAAAGAAAAGCAAAAGCGUUUGACCGCAUUUGACGUCUCUGAAGUCAUUCUUAAAAGAAAUAUUAAAACAAUGACAGAGCUACACGCAUAUGCUCACGAACAAAGAGAGGAGGGAAAGACAGACUUAGUUCAGUUCAUCUUGUGCAAACCACCCAAAGCAAUUCAGGACUUGCUAGACACUACUUGGCGCAUGAAAACUGCCAAGGAAGUAUUAGAACGAUGUAAGAAAAGUCGAAUGGAAUUGUUUAACGAGGCGUCAAAGCAAGAUUGCCGAGCAGGAUGUAACGGUGUCUGGCUUCAGUGCGCAAAACAGAUUCUCGAGAACAAUGGAAUCGAUAAGAGGAAAUUUGGGCAAGCGGUUGUUGACCUAUUAAAAAAAGGACGUGGGAAGCAUCGCAAUCUCAUGAUCGUUGGUCCAGCCAACUGUGGUAAAACGUUUAUUUUAAAGCCAUUGACUGAACUUUAUAAAACGUUUUUAAAUCCCGCUUCGGGAUCGUUUGCAUGGGUUGGCGUGGAAGAAGCGGAGUGCAUUUUUUUAAAUGAUUUUCGGUGGAGCCCGACGUUGAUACCAUGGCACGAUCUGUUGUUAAUGUUAGAAGGGGAGUUGGUUCAUUUGCCCGCGCCUAAAACGCAUUUCGUCCGAGACAUCGAGCUGGUCAAAGAUACGCCGAUAUUUUCCACCAGCAAGAGGCCAUUAAUCUUUAUCAAAAAUGGCACUGUGGAUGAUCGGGAAUCAGAAAUGAUGGCCGUACGCUGGAAUAUUGUAUCAUUCAAUUUCCAAAUUCCACAAGAUCAGCAACGGAAUAUACCACCUUGUGUUCGCUGUUUUACGGACCUUUUAUCAGCAACUGAAUCAAGCCUCAGUUAA